AAGUGCACUUUGUUGUGUAUCGUUCUGUCAUGAAAACGGUUUUGAAUAGUGCUUGAUCUAACAGCAACGCCUUAAAAUUAGCACUUUUUACGUGUUUUUUCUUUCUUUGAAUCUCUCUUUUUCUCUCGUUGAUUCGUGCUUGUGCAGUGUUGCUCAUUGCUUCAGUAUGAAAUAAAGAAAACAUUCGAUUGAAACGACGAAAAAAAGAGCAAUUUAGCCGUUUGGCCAAAAACAGAAAACUAACUGCGACAUCACAUGUGUAGAACCAAUCGAAUCGCAUACAGCAUCGUCACAAAAGGCUUAAAACUUUCGUCGUCGUCGUCGUCGUCGUUGCCGCUGCCGCUGUUGUUGUUUUCGUCGUUGUCUUUGAUCGUACAAAAAGACCCACAUAGCGUUUGGUUCCAUCCAAGUCCAGUGUGCUGUGCUGUAGCAUUGACUUGAUUUUUGCCGGACUGAAUGUGUCUGCACGGCACACGGCGUGUGUUGUUGUUGUUUGGGCCAAUGCGACACGCUUUUAGUAGCUAAAAACCACCUUUCAGCCAAAUUACGAGCGCUCUCCAUCGUCGCGCAUAUGUUCAACCGACUUCAGUUUUUUCAAAAUCAAUCAGUUUUAUAUUAUCGACGAUCCGCUCAAGUUGUGUGUAAAUUCGGUGUGCGUUGUUUAUUCUGUUCUUUCUUUCACGCUGAAUAUGUUCGUUGUCGUUGCGUGUAAGCACACACCGACACGAGAGACAGUUUUGUUUACGAUAUUUCGACGAGAAAAAACAAACAAACAAACCAAAUAACAUUCGGUUCACUUGUUUCAAAUUCAUCUACAAGUGAGAUUUUUAAUUGAGAACCAUUUUACUUCAAGUGAUUAGAAACUAAAGAGAAAAAGAAAAGAAAAAGCAUUGAUGAAUUAACACGAAAAUUGGAAAUUAGUGAAACGCACAUGUGAUUUAUUUAUUCAAAAGUUUCGAUUGAAAAUUUAUCUACUUUAAAAAAAAAAAACAAGUUUUGUUCUUUUUUUUGCACAUUAUUCUCCUCAUCUCGCAUCACUUUGAUUUUAAAUUGAGUGCUGAGUGAAACAAAAGAAAGAAGAAAAAAAAAUAAGAAAAAUAUAGCCAAAGAUCAAAAGAAAACCACACAAAAGGGAACCACGGAUUCACGAUUGUAUUUCAGUGUGCCACUUGAUAGUGUACAAUUGCUUGACUUAAUUUAGUCUAUUUACCGCUAAUUAUCCAUUCAAUUGGUGUGUCGCAAAAAACAGCGCGAUUCGGUGACCGGAACAUAAUCCAGAGCCUAGAACCGUACAAUUCAAGAUUGGAUUAUAGAGCCAAACAGAAAAAUUUUGCCAACAGAAUUCGGUUGUGAUGGAUUCGGCUGUGUUGAAUACGCACCAAAAACCUUUGCAGCGGCCACAGACACAUGAAAAUUUAAAUGGACCACGCGUUUCAUUCAAUAAGGAUGUUCAUGUGAAACGAAUAGGUAAUAAUAGUUACGGAUUGAAUGGUGAUGAUCAUCAUUAUCCGGUGCCACCACCGCCGCCACCACAUCAGGUCAAACGAGAAUUACCGUCCGAUCUAAGCAAAGAGGAGCUGAUUAAAGAAGCCGAAAAAGUGAUUGCACAGACUGAACGCAUCAAAUGCACCGUUGAUACACCCAGUUCACUGGCCGGUAUACGACUUCAAGAGAAAUUAUUAGAAGAUCGUAAAUUCAGUUCUUUACCACAUCGUAAAAAGAAAUCGUCAAAACCGUUGGGCCGAAGUGUGAGUGAUGCAUCACAAAAGAAGCCAAAACGGCCGUCAAUAUUCAAUUUAUUCAGUAAGCGAAGUGACCCAAAUCUAAGCACAGUCAGCCAAGGUACCGCAACCGAUUCACCACGCAGUGGCAAACGAUCGGCCAAACCGGUUGGUCGCAGUAAAAGUGACGUUGGCUAUAAUUCAUCAUCGACACCGGGCAAUAAUAGUUUGCAGAGCAAAAGCCAGACACUCGAUCGUAAACGCAUCAAAAUUCCGGAUAAUGAUGAGUCAAUGACGAAAGCGAAGAAAAAAUCACAGUUAAGCCCAAUCAGUGAAAAUCCACCGGCUGAAAAACUAUUUGGAUUCACACCUGAUGAGCGUAAACUGUUGCACUACACCAAAUCCGAAGAGAAACGUCUGGAUCCAACGCAUAGUGACAACGACGAUUAUUACGACGAAUCCGACAACGACGACGACGAAAAACCCGUAAAAUUAUCGAAUAAAGUGAAUUCAUCGAAACAUUCGCGAUCAUUGGACAGUUUGCACUGUUCACAAUUGCCGCAGGAGAAAUUGCCGUUAACUAAAGGGCUCAAAGUGGAUGGUAUGGUAAAGCGUUUAUCAAUGGAUCGAUUUUCGCCACCGUUACAUUUCAAUUCGCCCGCAUUUUCGUACACUCGACCAGCCGGUGGUGGUAGCGGUGAUCAGUCACCAAUUGUAUACGCUCAAGUGCGUCGAGAUGAAAAUGGUGAAAAGACCAAUUUACCUUCGACCAUUCAUCGAUCAACCAAUUUGAUAACGCGCGAACGAAGUCCCAUUCGAAAUUUGCUUAGUUCGGAUACCGUCGAUAAUGUGGCCCGCAACUCUCAUUCACCAACGCGUCAAACAAUCAGCACGAAAUUUUUGAAUGACAAAAAUCGAGAAUUGCACGGUAAUAACAAUAAUUAUCGCAGUUCACCGGUACAGAUGAAUGGCGGUGGUGAUCGACACCCAACCGAAUACAUUCAUCGCAUACACUUGAGCGAUGAAGAUGAAGGCCUUGGUUUCGAUGAACGAAAACGGUUUGAUGAUCAUUUGACACCGACUAGAGAUAUUCGAACGCCAACGAGAGAUAUCAGCCGACGGUCAUCAAGUGAACCGCCAAUCAUUCCAACGCUCCGACCAUCAUAUGGUAGCAUUGAACAUUUGGCCAAUCGACGAAAACUAUUGGAAUCGAAAAUUCAUGAACGAUCCUUUGAUUUUGGACGUGAUGCCACAUCAAAACCGAAGUUGCUCACAAAAACCAGUCCCAUGGAUGAAGAUCCCGGUUUUAAUGGCAUGCAUCAUAUUCGUUCGUUUGACGAACGCUUCCCCGAACGAAAUAUCGUGCCACCGCCACGCAAACAAUGGGCCAAACAACCGAAAUACUAUCCAGAAACGAAUCUAAACGAUGAUUUCCUCAGCGAUAUGGACACGUUGCGACGAGAACAAGAACGUCAACGACACAAAACCUAUUUGGAUCGUAAAUUGAAUGAAAUUUCAACAACACCGAAAAAUCACGUCAUCGAUCUGGGCUACAUCGAUCAGUAUGAGAAGCCGAAUAAAAAGAUCAUGAAUAAUAAUAAUAGCAAAAUCAUCAAUCAAAAUCUCAAUUACAAGCAUCGCACGAAGGGAAGAGCUCCACAGCCGCAGCCACAACCACAACAAGACAAACUUGUAAAUGGUGUUACGCAUCAUAUUAUUAGUAUUGAAAGCGAUCGCCGAAAAUUGGACAAAGCCGAUUCAGGCAUUGAACACGAUUUUAAACGCGAUCAUGAUUACAAACGUGAUCAAGACCAUAGACGCGAUGAUAAUAAUUCGAGACUACGUCGACUCCAUUUAUCGGACAAUAUAAAGGAAAUAACCGAUCUGUUCUUGAAGCGCGAAUGCCAAAUGUCCGAGUCAUUGCACCCGAGUAAAAAGCGAUACGAAUUCGUAUUCCGUGAACGAAGCAUCGAUGAUGGUUCACACUUUGAUCCACGUCUCGACAAAUAUCCCGAUCGGCCCAAGAGCCAAGGCACACUCACACGCACCAAGCCAACGGACACAAAGAAAAGCGAUAAGAAAUUCGGCACCUUGAAGAAGAUGAAGGAACUAUUUUCGAUAAGUUCAAAGAAAAAGUCACCGUCGCCACCGUCCAGUAAAUCGGAAGUAUCUCAUAAGGAAAUUGAUGUAGAAAUUUUCGAGCCGAUUUCACCACCGCAGGCGAUUGAUAUUGCAACUAGACGUCGUCUAUCGACACCCAAGGCGAGUCCAAUACCCAAACGCAUUCCAUCACAAAAGAGCUCGAAAAUUUCGCACAUUUCAAGUCAUCGUAGCAGUGAAGCUUCGUCAAAACCAGCCCCGAAAACAAGCUGGUUCAAAUCAUUGGAACGACUUUCACGGAAAAAGUCUGCUGAUCCGAAAAAAACGUCAGUAAAGCGUUCAAAUACAACGCUCAGUCGUCCAACGUAUCAACGUGCUCAGUCACCGUCACCGGACUUCAAACCAGCAAAAUCUCCAAAAAAUCCACAACAUUUGCGCUUCUUCGGUGAUACGGAUUUGGAGUCACUGUCAAAAGGAACGACAACGACCCGAAAACGGACACCAAUAAAUGCCGGUAAUUCACAGAGUAUGCAAAAUUUGCGAUCGAAUCGAAGCACAAACACGCGCACCUUAGAAUCGGAUAGCUCGCAACAAAAGGUGCGAGGAGCAUCGUCCAUGCAGAGUUUACCAAGAGACGUUCGUUCGAAAUACUUGCCCGAACUAUCUGAAAGUACAUCGGAAAAUGAGAAUCAAAAACCACAAGCAGCCCGGAUACAUCAUUCAACGCCGAAUGCCAAGCACAAAUCACGCAGACAAUACCAUUCGAUGGAAUAUCUGGAGAAUGAUAAGUCCAGUGAACAAAAUCGAUCAGAAAUUUCGCAACGGCCAAGUCGUCGACCAUCGCGUGAUGUAAGCCGCGAAAAUUCGUUAUACAAUGAGAAAAAUGCGGAAAUAUUGCAUCGAAGUGCAUUGCGCGAACGAAACGGACAGCGAUCAACCAGUGAAACUCGUCAUUUGCCACCGAAAGCCCCGACAAAACCAGCACGAGAGGCUGAUAGACGGCGCGCGUUGUCAAAUGAGCGUUUCUUGGAGAGCUCCGGCACCGAAGGUGAAUCUAGUCAACAGAGUGUUGUUUAUUUGCAUGCAACAACAAUUGGUCACAUCCCACAACCCUAUGUCGCAAGUUCGCGGCGCUCGUCGAAAUCGCGCGAAGAAUUGAGCUCAAUCAAAUCCAAGUCAUCGUCACCAAUGCAACAGCCAAUGACACGAACCGUUUCCAGAUCUGUGUCAAUGUUGGCACCGUGGACACCACGUCAUAUAAGCGACGGAUAUGAAAUUAACUAUUCACAAACGAUGCAGAACCCAAAGAAGAAGUCCGGAAGCACGAUGAAUCGAGAUGUGCGCGGAAAUCACACACAGAGCCGAUCCAAGGAUGAUUUGUCGUCGAUGCGCAGUUCAUCACUGGCAAAAACAUCAACAUUGCCCAAGCAUAAAAAAUAAAACGGAAUUUAUUCGAUUAAAUUGUCAUUUUAUUACUACUCAAAAAAAAAAAAACAUAAAAUUAAUUUCUGCAUUGAGUCUUCUUAUAGUCAGCAUCAAAAUGACGAAUUAUUUUUAGUUGUGUCCUUGUUUUUUUCCGUUCCGUUUUUUAAUUAUUGAAAUUUUAUACGAUAUGUAAGGAAGAAAAAAAAAUUAAUUUGAAAUUCAUAGAGAUAUUUUAUGACAUUAAAUCCAUGCUAAUCCAUGCAUAAUAAACAUACUAAUUUGUAUCAAAAAAAUUAUCAAUAAAAAAAACUGUUAACGAUAAA